AUGGCCGCAUCUUUCGGAUUGAGGUCCUUCCGGGCUGGACGACAGAUCUUUUCUUCGCCCUCUACGUUAAUUGCAACCAGGCAAUCCGGCGCUCCCGCUGUGCGGUCAUAUUCAACCUCCGAUCACCUCCCGAAGAUCGCAGACACGUCAGUAUGGACGGCGAUGAUUCCCAGAUUUUUGCGGAACCGCUCGCGCAAAGAUCCCACGAAGGAGAAAUCUAAGGAGUGGAACCCGGCUACGUUCUACAUUAUUAUCUUUACCCUGAUCGGCUCGCAAGCCAUUCGCAUGAUCACCUUGAAGAACAGCUAUGCAGCGUAUACCCGGUCGACGGAUGCAAAGAUUGAACUUCUGCGCGAGGUGAUUGCGCGCACGAAGAAUGGGGAGAAGGUUGAUGUUGAGAAAUUGCUUGGGACGGGCGAUGAGGCGAAGGAGAGGGAGUGGGAUGAGGUCCUGCGCGAGAUUGAAGCCGAGGAUUCUUUAUGGCAUCAGAAAUCUGCCGAGUCAAAGUCUGAGGAACCCAAGACCGAGAAGACCGAGAAAACGCCCAAGAGACCUGCACAGCGUACACCAGAGAAGGACUCUGAGACUACCAAAACGGAAUCGACACGGAAGACCAGAUUCUACUGA